AUGGAAUCGAAUCGAAACGACGAGUACAAAGGACACAAAGACGAGGAGGAGGAAGAAGAUGAAGAUGAAUUUAGAGUGGGAUUACCAAUUGAGGGCUUUGAUUGUUAUUCUCCACCGCGGAACGCGCUGUUGUUGACGAGAUGUAGGUCUGCUCCAUAUAAGUCUUCAUCGCUAGCGAGCAGAUUUUGGGGGCAAGAAACAGGGGAAAACAGGGGAGGAGAGGGACCGACGUUAGAGAGAGAACCCAGUUGCGGAGAUUCAUCUCUGGAUUUGAGAAUGGAUCGAGUAAUUGAAGGGAAUUUGGGUGGGUUAGGAGAAAUCGAAGGGUCGAUGAUUGAUGGUGGGAUCAAGAAAAUGGAAACAGGGGAAGAAGGAGGAGGGGGGAUUGGUAGGGGUUGGGUACUCACAAGGUGUAAAUCAGAGCCGGCGAGAAGUGGCGAGAGACUCAAAUGUUUGUGA